AUGAGUAGUUUAAAGCCAAAGAUUGCAAACACCGGUGCUAAUGUCGGUUUAUUCAUUGCAUUUCUGCUCGCUGCUGUCGCUUAUUCAAAUCUCGGUAUCAAAUACAGCGGCUACCUCAACCAAUUUAUUGUCCUUUGGGCAGCUGUCGGCACAUUGAUUAUUGUCAUUGUGAUGCCGGUCAUGGCACCUACUCAUCCGUCCGCCAAAUGGGUCUUUACCGAAUUUCAGAAUACUACUGGAUACGCAAACUCUGGUCUCACUUUCUUCCUUGGUAUGCUACAGGCGGGUUGGAGCUUGAUUGGAUAUGAAAACGGUGCCCAAAUUGCAGAAGGUACAAAAAAUGCUGAUGUAACUGGCCCACGCGGUAUCGUUAUUUCGAUUAUUGGCGCCAUUGCUCAAGGUAUCGUUCUGUGCGUUGCAACGCUGUUCUCGAUCCAAGAUCUUGAAGAACUUCAAGAGCGAUCAUUGUUCCCGCUCGCCACUCUUUUUGUUCGCGCCACGAAUGAAUCACUCGCUGCAUUUUUCAUGGUGCUUUUGAUCGUCACCCAGUUUGCAACGCUUUGCAAUGUCUUGCUAGCAGCAUCGCAGUUGACUUGGUCUAUGGCAAGAGACGGUGCUAUUACUCCUUAUCCCGAGUUCUGGUACAAACUAUCCGGCAAGCAGCAAGUGCCACUUCGUAUCCUGUUUUUGCUUGCUACCAUUUGUAUCAUUGUAAUUAUGCCGACAUUCAGAAGCGAGGUCUACUGGUCAGCCAUCAUGAGUACUGCUGUAAUUUGCAUCAAUGUUUCAUACGGCUUGCCUUUCGUCUGCCGCCUUAUUUGGAGGCGCCAAGAUAUGCCUAAAGGUCGCUUCGAUUUGGGUCAAUACAGUCUGCCCAUUAAUAUUAUCGCUAUCGCUUGGAUUGCAUUCUUUUGCGUUAUUCUUUGUAUUCCUACAGUAAGCCCAGUGGCCCCAGAAACCAUGAACUGGGCUUGUCUUAUGAUUGGCGCAAUUGUCAUAUUUUCUUUGGCAUUCUGGUUCCUAGGUGGUCGUAGAACGUACAAGGGUCCAAUGCAAACUCUUGCCGAAAAGCACUAA